AUGACGAAACCGCGUUACAAUGACGUGUUGUUUGAUGAUGAUGACUCGGUACCAUCAGAAUCAGUUACGAGGAAAUCGCAGAGAAGAAAGGCAACGUCACCUGGGGAAUCAAGAGAGUCCUCAAAAGAUCGUCUACUGAUACUUCCCUCUAUGGGGGAAUCAUAUACUGAGUACGUAGACUCUUAUUUGAACUUAGAAUUAUUGGAAAGGGGAGAAAGAGAAACACCAAUCUUUCUUGAAUCUCUGACAAGACAACUAACGCAGAAAAUAUAUGAACUAAUAAAAACAAAAUCUUUAACUGCAGAUACCUUGCAACAAAUAAGUGAUAAAUACGAUGGUGUAGUGGCAGAAAACAAGCUGUUAUUUUUGCAAAGACAGUAUUAUGUUGAUGAUGAAGGAAAUGUUAGAGAUGGCCGAAAUAAUGAUAAAAUAUACUGUGAGCCAAAGCAUGUAUACGACAUGGUGAUGGCAACACACUUGAUGAAUAAGCAUCUUAGGGGUAAAACAUUACAUUCCUUUUUAUUUUCUCAUUUUGCCAAUAUUAGUCAUGCCAUCAUCGAUUGGGUCCAGCAAUUUUGUUCAAAAUGUAAUAAAAAGGGCAAAAUUAAACCAUUGAAGGAAUAUAAACGUCCUGACAUGUACGAUAAACUACUACCAAUGGAAAGGAUACAUAUUGAGGUAUUCGAACCCUUCAAUGGAGAAGCUAUUGAGGGAAAAUAUUCUUAUGUCCUUUUAUGCCGAGACUAUCGCUCUAGUUUUAUGUGGUUAUUACCACUUAAGAGUACCAAAUUCAAACAUCUUAUCCCAGUUGUUUCCUCACUUUUUUUAACAUUUGCUAGGGUUCCAAUUUUCGUAACAUCAAGCACUUUAGAUAAAGAUGAUCUUUAUGAUAUUUGUGAAGAAAUUGCAUCAAAAUACGGUCUCCGUAUUGGCUUGGGUUUGAAGAGUUCUGCGAGAUUUCAUACUGGGGGUAUACUGUGCAUUCAGUAUGCUCUAAAUAGUUAUAAGAAGGAAUGUCUAGCCGAUUGGGGUAAGUGCCUAAGAUAUGGCCCUUACAGAUUCAACCGAAGGAGAAAUAAGAGAACGAAACGUAAACCUGUGCAAGUACUACUUAGUGAAGUUCCAGGUCACAAUGCCAAGUUUGAGACUAAGAGAGAAAGGGUUAUAGAAAACACAUAUUCCCGUAAUAUGUUCAAGAUGGCAGGUGGAAAAGGUCUUAUAUAUUUGGAAGAUGUCAAUACUUUUGCCCUUGCUAAUGAAGCGGAUAAUAGCUGUAACAAUAAUGGAAUUCUUCAUAAUAACAAUAUAGGAAAUGAUAACUUUGAAGAAGAAGUGCAAAAACAAUUUGAUCUAACUGAAAAAAACUAUAUCGAUGAGUAUGAUGAUUUGGCACAUGAUUCUUCAGAGGGCGAAUUUGAACCUAAUACCUUAACUCCCGAAGAAAAGCCUCCUCAUAAUGUCGAUGAGGACCGAAUAGAGUCCACCGGCGUGGCAGCCCCAAUGCAGGGAACAGAAGAGCCUGAAAAAGGGGAUCAAAAAGAAAGUGACGGUGCAUCACAAGUAGAUCAAAGUGUCGAAAUAACUAGACCAGAAACUUCCUACUAUCAAACUCUGGAAUCGCCGUCAACAAAACGACAGAAAUUAGACCAACAGGGUAAUGGAGAUCAAACAAGAGACUUUGGCACAUCAAUGGAAUUGUAA